UACCUCCCUAGAGAAUGGCUAGUCCCUUUUCCUCCUCUCCAUCUCAAAAUGAACAUAGAAAAUAGUAAAUUCUUAUCAAAUUUGAUGAAAAGCACCAAGACAUCUGAAUUGAAAUACGACUUUUCCUGCGAACUGUACCGAAUAUCUACAUAUUCGACGUUCCCCGUUGGAGUUCCUAUCUCAGAAAGGAGUCUUGCGCAUGCUGGUUUUUAUUACACGGGUGUGAAUGACAAGGUCAAAUGCUUCUGUUGUGGUCUGAUGCUGGAUAACUGGAAACGAGGAGACAAUGCUAUUGAAAAGCAUAAACAGCUGUAUCCUAGCUGUAGCUUUGUUCAGAAUCUGAGCUCAGUUAACAGUUUUGGGGCCACCCCUCAGUCUGCUUUUUCUUCAUCAGUAACACAUUCCACAUAUUCAUUACUACCAAGUUUGGAAAACAGUGGAUAUUUCAGUGGCUCUUAUUCAAGCUUCCCAUCAAAUCCUGUAAACUCCAGUACAAAUCAAGGUUUCUCUGCCAUGAGGAGAAGCCCCUACAAUUGUGCAAUGAAUACUGAAAAAGCCAGAUUACUUUCUUUCCAGAUGUGGCCAUUGGCCUUUCUAUCGCCAACAGAUCUGGCAAAAGCAGGCUUUUACUACUUAGGACCCGGAGACAGAGUGGCUUGCUUUGCCUGUGGUGGAAAAUUGAGUAAUUGGGAACGCAAGGAUAAUGUUAUGGCGGAACACCUGCGACAUUUUCCCAGCUGUCCAUUUUUAGAAAAUCAGUUUCAAGAAACUUUGAGAUACACUGUUUCUAACGCGAGUAUGCAGACACAGGCAGCUCGGAUUAAAACAUUCUGUAACUGGCCUUCUAGUGUUCCAGUUCCACCUGAGCAGCUUGCAAGUGCUGGCUUUUAUUAUGUGGGUCAUAGUGAUGAUGUCAAAUGCUUUUGCUGUGAUGGUGGACUGAGGUGCUGGGAAUUUGGAGAUGACCCAUGGGUUGAACACGCCAAAUGGUUUCCAAGGUGUGAGUACUUGAUACAGAUUAAAGGACAGGAGUUCAUAACUCGAGUUCAAGCCAGUUACCCUCAUCUACUUGAACAGCUAUUAUCCACUUCAGACACACCAGAAGAUGAAAAUGCAGAGUCACCAAUUAUUCGCUUUGGACCUGGAGAAAACCAUUCAGAAGAUGCAGUCAUGAUGAAUACACCCGUGGUUACAGCGGCCUUGGAAAUGGGCUUCAGUCGAAGCUUGGUAAAGCAGACAGUUCAGAGUAAAAUCCUAACCUCUGGCGAGAAUUAUAAGACCAUCAGUGAUCUUGUGAUAGAUGUACUUAAUGCAGAAGAUGAAAUACGACAAGAAGAGAAAGAAAAAGCAACCGAGGAAAAAGAAUCAGAUGAUCUAUCAUUAAUUCGGAAGAAUAGAAUGGCCCUUUUUCAACAUCUGACUUGUGUGUUUCCAAUCCUGGAUAGUCUACUGAUUGCCAGAGUAAUUAAUGAACAAGAACAUGAUGUUAUUAAACAGAAAACACAGACACCUUUACAAGCAAGAGAACUGAUUGAUACUAUUUUAGUAAAAGGAAAUAAUGCAGCCAUCAUAUUCAGAAACGCCCUACAAGAAAAUGACCCUGCAUUAUAUAAGAAUUUAUUCGUGCAACAGGACAUAAAGUAUAUUCCCACAGAAGAUGUUUCAGAUCUACCAAUGGAAGAACAAUUGAGGAGAUUACAAGAAGAAAGAACAUGUAAAGUGUGUAUGGACAAGGAAGUGUCCAUAGUGUUUAUUCCUUGUGGUCAUCUAGUAGUAUGCAAAGACUGUGCCCCAUCGCUAAGGAAGUGCCCUAUCUGCAGAGGUACAAUCAAGGGUACGGUUCGUACAUUUCUUUCAUGA